AAGGGCAGUUCGCCUCCGGCCGCCGUCGAGUACGAACGGAUUGAUACGACGUUUCUCGAGCAACGCGAGGCCUCUGUUACAGCUGUGUGUUAUAUUCUCGUGACAGUUCAGUGUCCAAAUGUGCUAUCGGCUACCUCCACCCACUAUGCAGUCACUCGCGUCAUUUAUGUUUCGUUCAACGUGACUAUUCCUGACGGAUAGUGAUCGAAUGCUGGAACUUCUACAUACACGUUGCACAUCUGGAUUUCGGCGACUUUACUUCAAGUACAGGAUGCUUAACGGAAACAAUGAGACACCAUUCCAGGAGCGUCGUUUUGUAUUCAAGGACGCACUAUGAUGAAUACGUGAAACUUUAAGUAUAAAAGUGUUGCAGGAAGAAAGACAGUGUAUUGAACUUGAGAACAAAUCGUAUAAGAAUGUGUCGAAGUUCGCGAGAAGUUUCUAGCCGAAAAGAAAGGAGAGGAUGGUUGAAAUCGGUGAGAUGAUUCCAUAGAUUAUGUAGAAUGUUUUCCUGAAGAGAGUGCGGAAUCCCAUAGACGAAGAUGUGCUGCUCGGGUGGCCCUGGUGGCAUCAGAUUGACCAGAUGUGGCGUGGUUUGUGGAAUCGCGGCGCUCGCUGCUCUCAGCACAGCGCUCGUCGGUCCUGCUUGGCUUCACACCGAGGAGAAAUUGAAUAGUCCUUUUCAACCACGCAACUUUGCCAAUGUCGUGAGUGUGCAAUUCAACUUGGGGCUCUUCUUGGUCUGUCCGAAGAUCGUGGGGCCUCCCAACGUAACAUUGACUAUUUCUACACCGCCCUGUUCGUAUGUAAAAUACAAUAGCCUGGAGGAUAUACUGUCACAGGAUUUAGGAUUCACUCAACUGGAGUUCACCCCUACCGUCGUAUCGAAAAUGAGGAUCUCAGCACCGUUUCAAGUAGCUGCUGUAGCUCUUGUCCUGGCCGCCACAAUUUCAGCUUUAAUUGGACAUUGUUAUUCAGAUCACAGAACCCUGGUCGCCUGUGGAUUAUUUCUCCUUAGUGGACUCUCGUUAGGUGGUGGCCUGAUAGUCCUAGCAUCUGCUUUAUCAGAUGCAUCAUUGGAAUUGCCGGGAAAGUACAGUCUGCCCUCUACAUCGACCAUGCAAGCUGAUGACAACGGUCUGCCACAGUAUCAGUAUGGUUGGUGCCUUCAGUUGUCAGGACUGGCUUUGAUUCUCGCGGAAGUUGCCGCUGUGUUGACUAUGUCUGGGUAUAUGGCUCGUUUCUCCACAGUGGAAGAAAUGGUGAGAGUCAUGGUGCCUGGUGCUGAGAGAAAAUUACGGGAACAGAGAGGACUAAGUUCAGAGUACUUAGUCAGAGCUCACCAGAAAUCGCCUGGACCUCCACAGGCUCGAGGAUUCGGGCAGCCCUCGAAAUCAUCCCAAAGAGCUCCCGAGGAAGGAACAUCUCUGUUAUGCAAAACAGCCCCGGAUAUCUGUGCUUCGAACCCGCAAGCCAUCAGCUAUGUCGAUAAGGCAGAUCUAUCUCACGUUUUACCAGCGUAUCCAGAUGCCAAAAGUAGUGAUCCUCGAUAUACCUUCGGGGAUAAGUCAGAAGCCAGCGUUAUCGACUCACGAUUAAGCGGUUUUGCUGAUAAGGAAGGUUUAAUCGAUUCUAGAAUUCUGUCUGACUCGCGACAGAAUAUGAUAGCUUUCACAGAGAAUAAAGAACAUUCGGUUGGCCAAGAGCCACGAUAUUCCGAAUUUUCUCCUAAAACCACUGAACAAAACGUGGUGGACUCGAGAUUGAGUGGCUUUACCGAAAAGGAAGGUCUCCUCGAUUCUAGACUCAGUGGAUAUGGAGAGAAAAACGAAUCGUUGUUGGACACUCCGUUCGGAUACGAUACGCGAUACAAUAGUUUAGCAGGGCAGACAGUGCCCAUCACUCUAAAAAAUCAGAACACGUCUGUCUCGGCUAUUCAGUCUCAAUAUAUUUAUCAGAAUUUUGGCACGAUACAUUCUGGGAUUUUAAGGGUAUCCGAGCCAGGAACUAGUUCUAGUUCGAAUUCGAGUCAGAAAAGUAUGACGCUGCAGAACCCGAAGAGAAAGUCACAGAUCGCCCAAAAUACAUUUAGCACGAUGGAGUGUGAGAAGAGGAAACGAGGACCUGGCAUGGCUGGUAAAACAGGUUUCUACACAGGUAGCGCCGUAUGACCACCACCACCUCCUCCGACGCCCAGGUAACUGCAAGAGGAGGAAACGCCACUUUAAGCCUCUACAUUAGAAGAGGAAUCAGUGGCGUGCAACCUAUUUCGUCGGAGGAAUGCACUUUAUUUUGACAACUCUCGUGAAAGAAAUCUGUAUUAUCGAGGGAUAUGCACAGAUCUCGGUCGUAUCUAUAGUUGAUAAGGUGGAUAUUGACAAAAAUAUGGUUAUCAUGUGAGUGAAUAGUAUCCACAGCUGAUCGUAUAGUUCCCUGUGAUUCGUCAGCGAAUGAUAAACUGGAAGCUGAAGAUUCUUUUGUGAAUAAGGUGCAAACUACUUAAGAAAUUAGAUGCAGACUAAUGAGAAAAGAACUUGUAUAUACAAUAUCAAUAAUAAGGUUGACGUUGAGCUCCUUUUCUGCGAAAGAAUAACUCGAAACGAAUUUUUCUAACGUUUCGUAACUACCCAAGCGACGUGUCACAUAGUCAUUAUAACAGCCGACAUGUUAAUCGAUAAAAUAAAGAGAAAACAAGAUUCGUGGUAGCGUGCAUAAACUAGGCGUAGCGUUAAGUGGCAUAAGCAACGUAUCUUUAAAAGGAUUAAUGUAUAGGCUCGAUUUUACUGGGUAAUUUAUGCCUUCUACUUGGGCCGUGAUCUCUUUGCCACUAUAAAAUCUAGUCGAUCGUACUUUGCGUGUCGAUGCAGCAGGAAUGACAGAGGUACAGGGUUGCCAGUCGUUUGAUCCGCUUAAUAAUUUUACUCUGGAGCGAGAGAUAGUUUAACGCAUUUAUUAUCGCAAAUUCCAUCGGUGCAUAAACCUUUCCUCCAGUUAUCGUUUUAUAAGUGAAGCAACCGAUAGUGUCGACCAUGAUUCGCAUGGAAAGUAGAUCAAGAGACAUGGGAACUCGCAACUCGCCGUUAAAUUUAUCCUCUACUAAUCACGUAAUCGCGUUCUCAAGCUGCAUAACCAAUGGAAUGGAGCUAUAAGUCGAAGAAGAAUAUUAAUGUAGUCGAUAUGCUGUAACAUAUAACUCGGUGAUCGUGAUAUACUCACGAAUACUCAAUCGCGCGUAAACUCGCUUGGCUAUUUUCGGGAAAAGAGAGAAUGCCGUGAGUUACGAGCGAUAAUUCGAGAAAACGACCGUUUGACGAAUCGUGGAAAAGAUUUUACCAUAGGAACGGAUCAUCGACAUGAAGCACAAUAAAUAUUAUUAUACGGGGAAAAAGGAAUAAAUGGAUUAGAGUACAAAACAUUUUCUUACUACUACAUCAAACGAUGUACCAUCGUUCGCUUAGCUGUCUAUUAUUUAAAUGAUCGUUUCCCUUGAUCGUUAUUCAUCUAUGGCAAAGUCUUUCAUUGCGUUCGCCAAUUUUGGACAUAUCAAGAACACGAAGAAAUGUUUUUAAUCCAAUCCGACACGAAAUCGUGAUUCAAACUUCCUUCCUAUUUCCUCGCGGGGUGCUCUACGCAAGGGUUGAGAAUAUUUUGAACAUCUCAAAGAUCCCGUUAAAAAUUUCACCCUCGAGCAGGAUCGUACGUUGUUGUGUAUGUAACGUCGUGACUUGCGUAUAUUCACGUAUACAGAUCGUAGGUAAGUGUAAUAAAACUUUUUUUUUUUUUCUAAACGCGUUGUUUCCUUACCCAACCCAUUCGAAUAAAAUUGUACGUAAUCUUGUCGUUGUGAUUUAUUCAAGAUUAUCCGUAAUAAAAACCGUUUCUGUAUCGUUGAAUUAUUCGGUCACUUCACUUUGAAAAUCUUUUACUAGCAACAGCUAUGAAUUUUACCUGUAUGUGUAUUUAUAAUGUAUAUGUAUACGUAAUAUUGUAUUUUCUGCUACUCGUACAUUUCUCUAAGCUGUUAGAUUUCCGUAUCUCUUUUAUAUCAUUUUAGUAUCGUUUGCAAUAUUUUCUUACUUGUUAUACGUGUUGCAUAUUAUAUAUCAAAUUUUCUCUGUACUAAAACCAUAACACACGUUUUAACCAAGCGGAUUACCAUUUUACUAUCGAUCAUGAAAAUGUUUACGAACUAAAACCUAGCGUUUUCAAUACCUUUUUAAACGAUAAGAACUAUGUGACAUAAAACACAAAUUUGUACGAAAAAAUGUAUCAACUGAAACUAUUAAAUUUUCCCAAUUA